AUGGUGCCCGACGAAGAAGCCCAGCAGUCGACAGAAUACAAUUAUGGCCUAUCGGUAGAUGCAACAAAUUUGCAUCUGGGACGCCCUAGCCUGGCUUCGUCGAAGCCUACUUCAAACCCCGAGACUGCGUCGACCCUGAGCGCUCCGAAGGCCACGUCCAACCACCCCGGAUCGAAACCUUCUUCUAAUGGUAAAGUCGCCAUCCCUCGUUCUCGUUCGGGUAUUGCGCCCAAGUAUAGCCGGAGAGUACCCCGGGCUUGUGAAUCUUGUCGGCAACGCAAGACGAAAUGCAGUGGCGAUACCCCUGUAUGCCGACAGUGUCGGGAGCUCAGGGUUUCUUGUCACUAUCCCGUCGGGUGGAGAGAGAAAACCAAGAAACAAGUUGAGAAAUUAUCGGAAAAGGCGCAAGAUUAUGAGAAUCUGUUGAAGGAUUUGGGCGGACUUGUCGAGUCGCGCACAGCGGACCGGAUCAGGAUCUUGCUGGACAAGUAUGGUCAGGACGUUGAGUAUUCAUCGAACAGCAACCCGUCCCAUUCGGUGACCCCGCAAGAUGAUCUUCCUGACGCGGAUGACCCAAGCUCACCUUCCUCGAUUGGGUCAUUAGAGGCGAUCGACCGAGUUGAAGAAGAUCUGAACAGGAACGAGAAUUCAAGGGCAACUGGGUAUAUGGGCAAAAAUUCCGAAGUCACUUGGAUGCAGCGAUUACAACGAGAAGCCGAGCAUCGAUCUCAAGGAUUACCUGGAUCUCUGGAACCUGGCCAAAGCAAGCGGCAGGACGAGGACCUAGCGCUUCACGCCGUCAACUACCAUCUAGACGACCUGGGAAUCUCCGCUCCCGGACCUGUCGAUACCUAUGCUGUUCCACCUCGAAGCCAGGCUGAUCACUACUUCGACAGCUUCCUCAGGACCGUCCAUCCGUUCUUCCCUAUCAUUAGCCGACCUCUGUUCUCCGCACAGUACAAGACUUUCUUUGAUAGCAAUGCGCAGCCAGGUGACAAAUGGCUGGCCAUCUUAAAUAUGAUUUUCGCUAUUGGUGCGAAACAUGCCACUCUUAUCGAAGCACCAUGGCGCGGUGACGAUAAAGACCAUCUAGUGUAUUUGACCAGAGCCAGAAUCUUGAGCAUGAAUGGCGAUGUUCUGUUCAGCCAUCCCGAUCUUCAACAAGUUCAAGUGGAAGGCCUUAUUGCCUUCUACCUACUUGCAUCCGACCAGAUCAACCGCGCAUGGAGGAUCUCAGCUUUGGCAGUCCGGUCUGCAAUCACCUUGGGGAUCAAUAUGAAGAGCAGUAGUCCCACUACGCCAAAUGUGGCGAAGGAAGCCCGCUACCGAGUGUGGUGGUGUCUGUAUACCUUUGAGCACCUCCUCGGAAUCAUGACUGGUCGGGCUACGUGUAUACUGGACGGUAUAUGCACCACGCCUCUCCCUAUCCCUUUCGAGGAGGAAGAAAUGCACGAGGCGCCGGCAGCUGAACUGCUAAAUAACUCUGUCACUCGCGACGAGCGUAUCAAUAGGGUCAUGGCAAGUGCAUGGGUUCGUCAUAUGCCUCUUAACCCGACUGGAGGGAAGGAAGCCAUUCAUGCCAAUCGUGAUCGCUACAACUCGUGGGUGAAGAGCGUGCAUAUCAAUGCGGGACUUUGCCAUCUAUACUACUGCGACCUGGCUGUCGUCGUGCAGGAAAUCGUGAACAAGGUCUACUCGGUGGACUGUGUAUUGGUUCCAUGGACUCAUAUCGAGAAUCGAAUCGGUGAGCUAAGGGCUCGGAUUGAUGUAUGGUUCUACAGUCUUCCGCCCGGGCUCGACUUUACAAAGAAAGAAGACGAAGGCCCUGAGCGAUUACGGUAUAAGCUGGCACUUGCAUUUCAUUAUUACAGCGCACGCAUCACGCUCGGCCGUCCGUGUCUCUGUCGGCGUGACGCCCGAAAAAAGACGCCAUCUGAAUCGUCAACCUUCAGUCAUGAUAUGGCGGAGAUUACCCUAGAGUCUGCGAAGUUGAUGCUGGACCUCAUCCCUGAUGAACCUAACGCGCUUCAACUCUACGAGAUCUCCCCUUGGUGGUGCGUUCUUCAUUAUCUGAUGCAAGCAGCAACGGUCCUCCUCCUCGAAAUUUCAUUCGGCUGCGUACACAUGCCGGACGAAGAGAAAACCUUCGUUGCCCUGGCCAAAAAGGCCACCCGCUGGCUCUACACCAUGUCAGAGCAUAGCAUCGCCUCCCGUCGUGCCUGGCAACUAUGCGACGUUAGUCUUCGUCGUCUUGCCGAAGGCAUGAAGUUUGACGUCUCUGAUAUGCCCGUAAACACCUAUCAGCCUGCUCCGACAACCACUUUCUCGAACACAAACCCUCAAGAGUCGCAUCAAACUAUUGCCCCUGCUGCGACAGGUCUUUGGAAUCCCACUAUGGAUGAACUGGACUUCACCUCUUCUUUACACCAUAAUGUGGGCACAGAUAUGCUCAAUUAUCCGUCUUUCUCGACUAUGCCGACCUCAGAUCCAGUCGCUUCUCUCUCGGCGGAGAGCCAGAUUGCAGACGAUCUAUAUUUCCCAUAUGAUCCUAUCAGUGGUGAAUUUAUUCGGUCCUUCUUCCCACAGGCUAAUGAGGAACUGCCGUGGGACCAAGAACAACAAGCUUGA